AUGACCCUGCCUACCGCUAUCAACGCUGGCUCCAUUGCUGCCGGAUUCGGUGUCGCUGUCGGUACCGGUGCUCUCUUCAUCUUCGGUGAAGUUCCCCGUGUGCGCAACGACAUCCUCCGCCAGCUUCCUUUCUUCGAUACCUACUUCGACCGCACCAUUGCCCCCGAGGACAACCCCUUCUAA